AUGACUAUCUCGUACACUUUGGACGUUUCGCAGACGAAUUUGCAGAGCUUCUUCAGUCUUCUGCUCAGAUGGAGAGGCAGUGUUUGGAAGGUGAGUCCGCGAAUAUUCCCAUUUCGAAUCGAAUUGUCCGAUUGUUGAACUUCUCCCUCAUCCCUUUGCAUAUCUCUUCAAGUUGCAUGAAUCUAAUUAUUGCUCUCUUGCUCUGUCGCCACCAAAACACACCCACUCACUUGUGACGUGGCAGGAAAGCCAAGAAAACCAUCAAUUAUCUGUCGUCACAGAAAACCUUUUUGGGAUAAAGUUCCGGAGUCUGAGGCAGAGAAUUUCAGGCGGUGUUCGGUCAGCUAGCCGUUUGGACUUCUGUCUUUCUACUCAUCAGCUGUAUAUAUCGAUAUGUUCUACCGCCAGCACAACAAGAGUAAACGGAUAAUAAUAAUAGAGGGAGACCGAAGAUAAAUGGAAGAAUUUCAGUGUGUUCGAACAGUUGGUCCGUUACUUUGACAACAAGUUGGACGCCAACAUCCCGCUCACCUUCCUCCUCGGCUUCUUCGUUUCGUUCGUCGUCGGAAGAUGGGGAUCCAUUCUGAACGGCAUAGGAUGGAUUGACGAGUCAGUUCUUCUUCUUCUUCCUCUCUCUCUCUCUCUCUCUCUCUCUCUCUGAGCCUCUCAUUAUGCUCCCUUUUCAGUGCCUCUCUUCUGUUUGCCACGUAUAUCCGUGGAGCGGACGAGGAAACACGUGUCAUCCGUCGGAAUCUGGUCCGUUAUCUGGUGCUCUCGCAGGCGCUCGUGCUCCGGGACAUCUCGAUGCAAGUCAGGAAACGGUUUCCCACAAUGGACACUCUGGCCGCUUCGGGACUCAUGACUCACGAGGAGAUGGACAUUCUCGACCACAUCAAGGAUCCGUACAGCAGAUAUUGGACGUCCAUCCAAUGGAGUCUCAACCUGGUGUACGAGUGCCAGAAGAAGGGAAAAGUCGAGAGUUUCUACCUGAUGAACAAGAUUGUCGAUGAAAUCGGCAAGUUCCGACACGGCCUCGCCUCCCUUCUCAAGUACGACUGGGUGCCGGUGCCGUUGGUGUAUCCGCAGGUGAUCUUCCUGGCGGUCCGCAUCUACUUCAUGAUCUGCCUUAUCGGUCGUCAGUUCAUUGUCACUGGAUCGAAUCCGUCUGGAGUAAAACGCCUCGCGUUCCUCCUUCCUCAACUGAAAUCCCGUUCUUCAGAUCGAUUUGUGGCUCCCCAUCACCACGAUGGUCCAGUUUCUUGUGUACAUGGGCUGGAUGAAAGUGGCCGAAGCGCUUCUGAAUCCGUUGGGAGAGGACGACGACGAUCUGGAGUGCAACUAUAUAAUUGACAAGAAUCUGAUUGUGAGUUGGAAGGAAAAGAAGAAAGAGGAUUGAUAUUAAGUUCGAGUUUGCAUGAGAUGUUAGCCAAAAACACAACAAUAGCAGAACUUUAUUAGAAACUAAAAAGUGUUGUGCUGGUGGUAAAAGAUAGAAGAGAGAAAGAGCAUGGCCUUUUCGGGGUGAUAUUGUGCACAUCUUCAAACUCUCCAGCACUUCACUGAUUCUCCUGAUCUCAGCUCAUUUUUCAAUUCUGUAACUCUAUUGUAUUUUCGUUUUCCCUUUGUUUUAGACUGGUUUGUCAAUUGUGGACACCAUGUGGAAGCACGAUGAUGUGAGUUUUUGUGGUGCACGUCUUCUUCACUUCAGUUCCAGAUUCCCUGCCUCUUUUUCAGCCGUAUCUCUUUCUAAGCAACACUUUCAGACGGGUUAUUCAAUGGUUGAGGAGCAUAUGGCAAAGACGCCGUCGCAGAAAAAAGACGAAUUCUGGGGAAUCGACAAGAUUGCGCCGUUGUAUUCGAUGGAAUCGGCCGAGAGAUCUGUGCAUCCUUUGGUCGGAAGUGCCAGCAAAAUCAAGUGGGUUACGGUCGAAAUGCCACGUGGCAACACGAGAAUUUCAGUUUGGUGAAGAACAAAAAGGAGAUAGUGAUGACUCCGCACAAGAACAAACUGAGCGAACUGGAUCCGUCCGAGCAGGUAUCCAAGUUACCGAUCAUCCCUAUUUUCGAACAUUCUAAUUCAGAAGACGUACCUCCGUCGCGUGAACGUCUCCGAUCACAACGCGAAACACGCAAAGCAGCGGAGCAUAGAAAGGGCCAACUCGCCGGAUAAAUGUCUGAGCAAAGUGAGAUCGAGAUCAAAGUGAGUGGGCAGAGCGAAGAUUACGGUAGUUGGUAGAACUAAGAAUCACAUCAUCGAAAAAACCACUCGCAAGCUAACAAGUUCACCGAUUUAGAUCCGAGUUACAGUACAUUCAAUUCUAUGAAAAGUAAGUGAUCGCAUGUCAUCCGAACACGUCGAUUUGUCGUUUUUAAAUGGUUUUCUCUCUCUCGCUGCAGUUUUUGUCCAGUUUUGUACUUCUUAGCGCGUUUCUUUUGACGAAAUGUAUAAUAUUGGUAGUAAAAUGAGCUUCUUUUCAGCGGGAAGUUCAGAACAUCAGCGAAUGGAUCGCAAAACGGAGUGGAUCUAUGGACGAGAGCAGGUGAGCGAAACGGACUGAAAACGGGAGAGAUGGGACGGGAUGAUGUGGCAAGAGUUGAUUGCCACGUCAUCUUUCCCCCUCUCUUUCCCUCUUGCUCCUGCUCCGAUUCUUCCACUUCUCUGCAAUUCAAUCCAGAUUCCCUCGACGAUUCUUCUCACGAUUCUUGCUCUCAUUCAGGUUCCAUAAUCUGA